CAUUAUAAAUACCACCCAUAGCGUUUGCCCGAUCAUAACAAGGAUUUAAAAUAAUGCAUUCAAUAUUACAGUAUUUUUUUGUAAAGAAAAUGUAUUGUUCUUAAAGUUCUUAUUUCGCGGACCGAUAAAUUUUUUGGGACAAAGUAGUUAAUCUAUACUUUCAUAUUGGUGUAUAAAGUAUUAAAAUUAAUCUAUGUAUAAACAAAAGUUGAGUUAGCUUGGCGGGCUUGUAAAGUAAAAGGCUAAUAACCAAAACCAUAUUUGACAUUUCCUACCUCUACCCCACCGAUGCACUUCAACUCAACAGAGCACAUAACUGAUCAUUCCAAAUUUUCCAAUAGCCAAAAGAAAAAAACAUGCCAUAUAAAAGAGGGGGUAAAUUACCACCAAAAUUAUUUAUUUUUUUCUGUGAAAGGCUAUUUCACGCCUCUACAACCUUUUACAGGCUACCAAGUGACAGUGUGGUCCAUUGUAUCUAGAAUUUGACGACGUUAGACAUAUUUGGUCGAAUUUCUUAGUGGCUACAUCACGACAGGUUAAGUACCAUUUUCAAGUGACAAGGGUAAUUUGUAAUUUUUUUAAACGUGAAGACACAAUCUAUAAUUUGCAAAAGCCUCGGGGUGAUUUUGGUUAUUUUCCCGCCGGCUAAAAUUCCACCCCCGUUGGGUUGGCUUCCGCGAGACGACGGCGAUGGCGGACGACGACGAUGUCAUCGCGAAAAUCGAGGAAACCACCAAGGACGCGGCGCGCCACCAGCUGGAGACCCUCCGUGCCAUCCUCGAGCGCAACGCCGGCGUAGGUUAUCUCCACCCCCACCUACGGAGCUGUCCUGCGCCCGUCGACGCCUCUACUUUCCGCCGCGCCGUUCCCCUGUCUUGCUACGAUCACUACGCCGAUCACAUCUCUCGGUUAGCCGAUGGCGGCGCUCUUGAUGACGAUCAUGGUCAACGUUACCUCUCUGUUGACCCCUUGGUCUGUUUCUUCUACAGUUCAGGGACAAGUUCCAUGAAGCCAAAAUUGAUCCCUUACUUUGAUUCAGUUCCAUCCAAAGCCAUCUCAUUUUUGGCACACCAGGGCAGUGCUGCGAUUCUUCGGCGGUUAUUCCCUCCAAGACCCUCGGUCGAUAAGUUUCUAUGGUUCAUGUACGCUGGUAACGUAACAGACACAAGAGGUGGAUAUAGGGCUAUGGCUGCCUCGGCAUUCCCGUUCCACAGCAAUAAGUCUAACCCGUCCCACUUUCUCUCCAUGUCAGUCAGCCCAAAGGAAGUUAUUUUAGGUUCAGAUGUUGAGCAACAAAUGUACUGCCACCUUAUUUGUGGUUUAAGGCAUUCCAAUCUAGUUGAUGGGAUUAGAGCACCGUAUGCUACUGGUUUAGUUAGAGCAAUUCGCCUUCUGGAAUCUAAGUGGGAGCAGUUAUGCCAGGAUCUUGAAUGCGGGUGUCCUAGUUUGGGAAUAUCUGAUGUGUCAAUGAUAAAUUCUGUUACUGAGGUUCUUUGCGGGCCUCAACCAGAAUUGGCAAACAGGUUUCGAUCAAUUUGCAAAGAAAACAAUUGGGGAGGCAUUUUAUGCAAGUUAUGGCCAAAUGUUCGUUAUAUCAAAUGUGUAUCGACUGGAAGUAUGGAGCAAUGUUAUUUACAAAUCAAGUACUAUGCAGGAGAGAUACCCGUGUUAGGCGGAGACUACUUUGCUUCAGAAUGUUGUGUUGCUAUUAACUUGGAUAUUUCGCAACCUCCAGAGCUAACCAGAUACACUAUCUUGCCAACUGCUGCCUAUUUCGAGUUUAUUCCAUUUGAUAAUGACAAGAUGAGUGUUAGUGGUGAAGAAACAGUGGAUGUUUCUGGUGUUGAGGUGGGCAAGAUGUAUGAGGUCGUGGUGACUACGUAUAGGGGACUGUACCGAUACCGUUUAGGUGAUAUUGUGGAAGUUGUUGGCUUCUAUGGUUCAUCCCCACAAGUUUCGUUUGUGACAAGAGCUCCUAAGAAUUCUGGUGAGAUCUUGACAGAAGGAAACUUGAUAUCGGCCAUGAAAAGUUUUGAUCAAGUACUGAAAAAUGAAGCAAUUACAGAGACAACAGAGUUUGCCUGUUUCUUAGACUUGGAGUUGGACCCGAGGCAAUUGAAGGUUUAUGUAGAAGUGAGAGACCCAUCUAUAUUUUUGCGGCAGGAGCUGGUUUUAGUUCUUAAAAGGUGUUGUUCCUCUCUUGAGGAUGGCUUCGGAGUUAUGUAUAAUCUAAUGAGAGCAAGAGGUGAAGUUGGUCCAAUGUUGUUGUACAUUGUAAAACCUGGUAGCUUUGCUAAAAUUUUGGAAAUGGCUAUUGAAAAUGGAGCACCGGCAAGUCAAUAUAAACAGCCCAGAAUUAUAAGGAGUCGCAAUAUUGUGGAUUUGAUGGAAGUCUCCGCUGUCGUGACUGUAUGCUCUGGUUCAUUUGAUGGUUAAGAUUUGAGGGUCACGAUGAUCUCCAAUUGUUGGAUUUCUCCCAGUGAAAAUGUUCAGUUCAUGUCAAAUGAGAAGUGAUUUUGUGAGUCACUUUCAUACCUUCUUUUGUAUACGACAAACCUUGUUUAUUAUACAACGUACUUCUAUGUAAAUCCUACAGAGCUUGAUAUGUGUUCUGCUCAUUUGAGAUCAAUAAUAUCUGCUUUCAUUGUGUAGAUAAUGAAGUAUCGUGGAUUUAGUUUCAGUUGUUGCACCCAUGAAGUUUAUGAAAUUGAAACAUAUUGGUGUUUUGUAUU